GUAAACGCAGAAAUAUUUUAGCUGAAUCUCGUAAUUUCUCAAAACCUUCGAUAUGUCACAAGAAGAAAACCAAGAAAUGAGCACUGAUAACAAUAUGGCGGCGCGCUCGACAGAUAGCAGUGUUAAUGAAAGAAGGCUAAGGCCUAUUUAUGACUGCCUGGACAAUGGUAAUAAUAAAAAAGCACUUCAGGAAGCAGAAAAGCUCCUGAAGAAACAAAAGGAUUUUCAAUGCGCUAAGGUGUUGAAAGCCUUGGCAUUGAUACGUCUUGGAAGACAGGAUGAAAGUCUGUCUACCCUGAAAGAAGUUCAUCAAGAAGGGCCAACAGAUGAUGCUACUCUGCAAGCAAUGACAAUAUGCUAUCGAGAGUUGCAAAAACCUGAACUUAUUGAUUUGACAUUUUUAUUAAACAUCUUUGUUCAACUGUACUUAAUGAUCUUGAACCUUCAAGACAAGUAUGAAGAAGCUCUGAAAGUUUUGGAUGGACCCCUAGGAGAAAAGGUGGUGUCUCACUUGGACGUUCUUCCCAGAAAACGUGCAGAACUACUAACACAACUUGGUCGGUGGCCCGAGGUCAACUCUACUUACAAAAAGUUGAUCAUGACUAGCCCUGACCAGUGGUCCUACUAUAUUGAAUAUUUCAAUUCCGUCGCUAAGUUGGUUGACUUGGAAUGGAGACCUGAUGAAGAAAGCUCUCUAGAUCCACCAGUGGACUAUACAUUUGACAUGGCAGCAGAGUUUAUAAUGACACUGCUCAAAACUCAGCGAGACCACCCAGCACUUCUUGAUCACUUCCGAGGCCCGCAUCUGGCAAAAUUAGAACUGGCUUUCUGGAUACAGCGUAGAGAGAACUCUUCAAUUUCUCCUCUUGGGAACAUUGUUGAUCUUCUGGUGACUUAUUUUGAAAAAUUCGGUGCCAAAGGAAGCUGUUUCCUUGACAUGGUCCGUGUGGUAGAUUCUUUUAGCCUGACUGAAGAAGAAAAGUUCCAGGUUCUGGAGAGGAUAAAAUUUUCAUUAUCAUCCAAUGGAAGGGAAGUGAAAUUACCAGACAAUGUCAAAGAAAUGCAGCGCCACCUAUGCUAUGUUCAACUAUGUCACUAUUUUGGCCAUCAUGAAAAUUAUUUGGAAGAAGACAAAUUAAAGCUUGCUGUAUGUUUGUAUGAAAGAUAUACCCAUGGGCUUCAGUUUGGCAAGGAACUGCUGUCAACUGACUUUAAACCAAGUGAUAACUAUGCUCUAUUAGCAGCACACAUCCUUAUUGACAUGUGGAAGGACAAAGAAGAUGAAAAGUUUCUAACCCAAGCACUCGUAAUGCUAGAAACAGCUUUGAAAAACAGUCCUUCCAACUUCCAAAUCAAACUGUUGCUGCUCAACUUGUAUAAUAUUAUAGGUGCUGUUGGAGCUAGUCAUGCUCUCUAUGAGAGUUUAGAUAUUAAACACGUACAGCAAGAAACUUUAGGGUAUCUUAUUACAAAUCACUUGGCUGCAUGUGCACACUUUUCAACUGCCAGUACUGUACUAGCAACAGCACUUCGGUUUUUUACUAGCAACUUUAAAGAUACUGUAGAUUUUCUGAUUUCCUGUUACAAGUUUGGAUCUUUUGCAAAGAUUCAGCAGAUCGUGGAGUUCCGGGAAAAGCUGAACAAUUCUGUUCAAUACACAUCCGUUGCUAUAGAGAGGAAUAUUCUUGAUCUUCUUUUGGAAUCCAAAAGCCAUCAAACAACAAGGUUUGUCAUAGGACUUAUGGAAGUUGAUCCUGAAAAAGAUAAAAUAGAGUGGGACAAACUGUGUGACAACAGAGACCUAGCACUCUUCAGAAUGUGGAACAAUAAACACGUUAAAGCUAUGGAAGACUUAAAAUCAGUUUCUCUUCAAGAGCAGGUUAAAUGGAUAAAACUGAGACACCUAAUUGUUCGUGCCAUCAAAGCAGCUUUUGACCUUACCAAGACUCAGGCAGAAAGUAAUCAUUCAGAAAUAAGUAAUGGGGAAAAGAGGGGAGUUCAAGAGGUUUUGGAAGAACUACUGACUUCACUCAAAGAAUAUUUAGGAAAUAUUGAUUCAAAAAUUCUUACAUAUAGACAGGUUCCAGUUCAAGCACCAGCUCCCACAAGGUUAAAGUAUUACCUUCAAGGCUAUUAUCUCCAAGUUUUGGUGUCACUUAUAGAAUAUAUUUUGUAUCUACAGCAGCUUGUUGAAGGAUCUCAAUCAAGCCAGGCAAAACUAGAAGAACAGCUAAAGAAUGCAGUAAUGGAAUCUCUUCAGGGUAUUUUUUUGAGGAUACAGUUAGAAACAUUGAGUAGAAUAUCUGAAAAGAAAGUUGAAUCUAUGCGAAAAACACUAGAAGAAUUAGUAAAUGCUGUUGAGACUUUGAGCCUCAGUAUGGUUCUUGUGAAUAUUGGACACACACUUCUAAAGCCAGCCAAACUUCUCCAUACUAAGAAAGGGAAGAAGAAGAAAGAUUCGUGUUUAUCUAUUGGGGUUGACACUUUCCAGAGCUUCAAUGAACUUGUUGCAGGGAUGGAGCAAGCAACUUUGAGCCUUCAACAGAUGCUUCAACAACUAGAUGUUACUCUUGUUGGUGCUCAUCUAGAGGCAACUGCUCUUAAUGACCAAGAAGAAGGUCAAGAAAUAGUGAAAGACAUUAGAGAAAAAAUCAACAAAAGUUAUCAAGUGUCUGUGAGAGAACUGAAUGACAUUCUGUACACCAAAAUCAAGUAUAUCCAAACACUUAAGUUGUGGUAAUCCCUGGUACUUUUACCUAGUGUGCUGUAGUCCAUGCUCAUCCAAUUCAACACAGCUAAAAUAAAGUUAAAGAAAAAUUGUACCUGAGAAAAACCUUUUUAACGGAACACCGACUCUAAUACUGUCAGCUUGGGUAGAAUAAAGAAAAUACAUCGAAUGUGUUCCAUUUUGUGUGAUAGACGAAGAAAGGUAACUCCAAAUACUGGCAUGCAACGGAAGAGUAUUUGUAAUGUUUCUGCAAAAUUUAGAAAAAUCAGCAUCUCUUAGUAGUGAGUUGGAACUGUUCAAAGUAAUAUUUUUGGUUAUAGUUUCUGAAAGUGAGUUUUCUUUUUUGAGAUAAACUAAGUAAACAACUUAAAAAUACUGUCCAAUCUACUAAGAUAUUUUCAACUAUGUGAUAUCUAGAAGGCAUUGCAUCUGAUGUAUAACAGGGUUAAAUAUUUUCACUCCAUCUUUAAUCUGCGAUAAUUUAUGGAUAUUUUCAAAAGUGUUGCAUUGAUUCCAAGAUAAUCUAUUAGUCAUACAUUUUUAAAUUGAUCUGUGUCUAGGAAAUGUAAUAUACCAGCCAAAGGUUUAAAUUUUGAUUGAUGUAUUUUUUUAUAUACACAUCAAACCACCAUUUUAGGUAAAUCAAAGAAUGGAAUUUCAGAUCUAGUGUCUUAAAAAUACAAUCAUAUUUCGAUGUAACUAAUAGAAUACCACCUAGUCAGUAAGUUGGUAAUUUAAACAGUUUUGUAGUGACCAGGUAGGGUCUUGAGAACUAAAGCCAGGUUGAUGAAUAAAAAUCCAUAUGAACUUGCCUGAGAACCAAUACAAUAAUGCAGUUUAGAAAAAGAUAUGUAAUUAUACAGUUAUUGUCUACUAAAUACAUAGACAAUAACUGUUUUGUUUUUUAAAUUGAAUAGUUUAUAGCAUUGAUACUUUGUGUACUUUGUUUUCAAACAACUUUUUAGAGAUGCAUUUUUUUUUUAUCAAACUUUACUUCAAUACCUGCUUAUGUGUUCAUAAAGCAGUCAUGUUUAAAAAAAUCAACAUGGACUUUUUGUAACAGACAAAAUCGGUUGUUUCUUUUCAGAGUGUAUAAAUAUGUUUUUGUUUUAGUCAAGUGACAGUUAAAUCUCAAUAAAUUGUAUAGCCUUUAACAGUCUGAAUCUAAAUGCUUGGUAAGAAUCAUUUUCUUGUGAGUGAUGUGAACAUGGUUGUUUAGUGGUGAUUUUAGAAUUCAAAGUCCAGUUUUUGUUGUAUUUACUUUUUGUUAGUACUACAAAAGAAAAAGUUAUUUAGAAGUAUUUAGAAAAAAUACUCUAUUUAGCUUUUAAGAAAAUAUGUUAUGUUUGAAAAAUUGUUAAAAUAGAAAAACUAAAUUUAGUGACAAUUAAACAAUAAAGGUUUGAACUGAUUCAGGUUGUAAAAGAAAAAAAAUUGAAUUCAACUACUUAGUACAGCUAUUCUGAAGCCACAGCCUAAUAGUACCAGUUCAUAUUGUUUUUGUUUUCAUUUUAACAGUAUCAUAUGAAAAAGGUUUGGAACACUGUUAGUCUCUCAGGUACCUGAGAGUGUUGUGAGUUCAGUGGUGUUGCUUUACUUGAAUAAAUGCAUACACAAAACUUUCCAGUAUUAUGUAUGUCUGAAACUUUAAAGAAAGGUUACACAGAUGUGAGAAAUAUUUACUGUAUAAGUACUUCUAAGAAUAAACAAACACAGCUUUAUUUAACAUUCAUUUAGUAAAACGUUUCGUUUUAUUAGCAUUUUACAGAGCAGUUCAUGAUGAACACAGCUAGGUAAAUCUUUACAUAUGCACUACCGGCACUUGUGUUUAAAAUUGUAAGUUAUAAUAAAUAAUUAAAAACAACAUUUUGUAU